UCAACUGAUUGAAGAUACGUUUUCGUUAACGCUGGCUAUACAAAUAGCGCUAAAUACAAUAAUGAUCAGCAUUACCUUGUUACAAAUGAAAGAUCUCACUGAUCGUUUAUACGUCAACUGGAAUGCAUUGGAAACUUCAGAAGAAUACAACAUUAUGAGGAAAUAUGCCAAGAAUAGUAGACGAUACUCUCUAGGAUACUCAUUGUAUUGCUUUGUAGCUCUUUAUCUGUUCUUAUCAAUGUCUUUUAUACCGCAACUGUUGGAUGUUGUAUUACCUCUCAACAAAUCCCGCCCUAUACUAUUGACGUAUCCAGGAUAUUACUUUGUCGAUGAAAGAAAAUACUUUUUCUACAUCUUCUUACAUGCUAUCGUAGCCUGGGAAAUUGCUAUGACCGGAAUAGUCGCCCAUGAUUGUAUAUUUGUAACUUACGUUGAACAUGUUUGUAGUAUGUUUGCUGUAAUCGGAUACACACAACUUCUUGAAGAUACAUUUAACGUACCUUUCGCUAUGCAAAUAUUGAUAGUAACAAUAGGGAUGAGCAUCACCUUGCUACAAAUUUCGAUUCGAACGAUUGAUGUAUAAAUGUAAUGAAUAUGAAAGUGAUACCAUAACAGUUUUACAUUCUCGUGCAAGUGACACGUUUCGCAAG